CACUAGGAACCAAACGGAAGCAAACGGAACGAAACAGGGAGGGAACUACCUGAAUUUAUUCAAUAGAAACUAUCGCUUUCGUUGCAAAACGAAACUGUUUGCAACUGUUUGGACUAAUGAUUACACCCCAAGUCAGUCCAAUGAAUGUCAACGUUUACGCGAAGAAUCAUAAGAUGGCGACCGCGGAACCGGAGAUCAAUUUAAAUCCCCAACAUGCUGAAGGAGGAGAAGAAGCAGAGACUGGUCAGGAGAUAGUGAGCCCUGAGAGCUAUAUCAAACACCCCCUCCAGAACAAAUGGUCUCUUUGGUUCUUCAAAAAUGAUAAGACCAAAACGUGGCAGGCGAACCUCUGCCUCAUCUCCACGUUUGACACUGUUGAAGAUUUCUGGGCUCUCUAUAAUCAUAUUCAGUUGUCAAGCAAUCUGAUAUCUGGAUGCGACUACUCCCUCUUUAAGGAUGGCAUUGAGCCCAUGUGGGAGGAUGAGCGGAACAAGCAUGGAGGGCGCUGGCUGAUCACUCUCAGCAAGCAGCAGAGGAGACAAGACCUGGACCGCUUCUGGCUAGAAACCCUUCUCUGCCUUGUUGGGGAGACUUUUGAUGGCUAUAGUGACGAAGUGUGUGGCGCAGUAGUCAAUAUUCGCUCGAAAGGAGACAAAAUCGCCAUCUGGACGGCAGACUUUGACAACAAGGAAGCCAUAACACACAUCGGGAGUGUGUAUAAGGAGCGCUUGGGAAUCCCCAUGAAGAUGACCAUUGGCUACCAGUCACACUCUGACACCGCCACCAAGAGUGGCUCCACGACCAAAAACAAGUUUGUGGUCUGAAAAUGCACCAGGUGACUUGUCUAUUACAUUUUUGGGGGUCUACAUUUCAUUGUGGGUGCAUUUGUUUACGGAGCUGCAAUGACUGCGUGACCCAAUCUUGGAAAAACUCAUGACUAUAUACAAAAACUUCAACAGAACCGUCCUGGACCUAAAAUCCGGAAACACUUUCACAACACGGACACACUACUUUCUCUGGAAACCCCCACACACACACACAAAGACACCUGCCAUAGCCACACAGGUGAACAUGCAAACCUCAAAACGCAAAUGAAUACCUUUCAUAGAAAUGUAAGCUUUUCAGAGUUAUAAAGAAAAUUAUUUUGUUGAUUUAUUUAAUGACAGGGAAUUAAUUUGACAUUUAAAAAGUCAACAUUUCUCUGUGCCCUUAUACAGCAUUGUAAUUGCUGUUAUCCUUAAUUAUGUUACGCCAUUUUAAUUUAUUAUACCAAUUAGCUUUUUAGCUAUUUUUAGACUUGUUCUGUGGCCCUAAACUUCAAGUGGAUGUAAUCAAGACUUUCUGAUUAUGUCAUGAAUCAAUUAGUCUGUGUUAACAUGAUUAAAACUUUGCGUUUGCAAUUCAAUAUAAUCUGUUUUUUUAUAUUGUGGAGUACUUUUUGCAACUUGUUAUUUGUACAUUCCUUGUUCGAAAUGGUUUUACAUUUGACUUACAGUGAUGUUUUUUUUGCAAAGUAUACAUUUAUUAGUGGUUGGUUUUGAUCUUCAGCCUGCAAUGGAAACAGCACUAAUGAUUCUUUAAAGUUAUUCUGUGACUUCAGAUAAUUUUUUAUAAUAUUAUACACUGCUCAUAAAAAUAAAGGGAACACUUAAACAACACAAUGUAACUCCAAGUCAAUCACACUUCUGUGAAAUCAAACUGUCCACUUCAUGGUGACUUUGUGGCCUGCUGGAGGUCAUUUUGCAGGGCGCUGGCAGUGCACCUCCUUGCACAAAGGCGGAGGUAGCGGUCCUGCUGCUGGGUUGUUGCCCUCCUACGGCCUCCUCCACGUCUCCUGAUGUACUGGCCUGUCUCCUGGUAGCGCCUCCAUGCUCUGGACACUACGCUGACAGACACAGCAAACCUUUUUGCCACAGCUCGCAUUGAUGUGCCAUCCUGGAUGAACUGCACUACCUGAGCCACUUGUGUGGGUUGUAGACUCCGUCUCAUGCUACCACUAGAGUGAGAGCACCGCCAGCAUUCAAAAGUGACCAAAACAUCAGCCAGGAAGCAUAGGAACUGAGAAGUGGUCUGUGAUCACCACCUGCAGAAUCACUCCUUUUUUGGGGGUGUCUUGCUAAUUGCCUAUAAUUUCCACCUUUUGUCUAUUCCAUUUGCACAACAGCAUGUGAAAUUUAUUGUCAAUCAGUGUUGCUUCCUAAGUGGACAGUUUGAUUUCACAGAAGUGUGAUUGACUUAGAGUUACAUUGUGUUGAUUAAGUGUUCCCUUUAUUUUUUUGAGCAGUGUAUAUAGUAUGAUAUAAUAUAUGCCAUUUCAACCCCAGGAACCAACAGGAAAUAAUCUCUUUCAAUGCCACUUGUAAUUGCCAUAGCUCUUUGGCCCCAUCCAGAAACAACCAUCCUGUAGCCCCUAGGGACUUCACAUAGACCUGAAUAAUGUAUAAAGCCAUAAGAAAUAUUAUAAUAGCUACACCUACAGUACCUACAGUAUAUCACCGGUUGCAACAUAUCAUGACAGCCUACAACAAUGGCAACCUAUAACAUUGUCAUGGCACCAAAUCAGAGCUUUCAAAUACUUUCCAUUUCAUAAAAGUAUAAUAAAUUGCCAUUUAUGUCAGGCAUGUUUAAUUCUUAUUACUUACUUUUCAUAACCGCUCUUCAACAUUCAUACAAUAUUUUAUGAAUUUGGUUAUUUUAUUCGCAACGCAUUAAUAAACUGAGUUUUACACUUGA